UUUGGGGAAUCGAAUCACAUAAUCGUCCAAAGCCAUUCCGAAACCCACAGAAAAAAGGGGAAGCGCAAGUUUGGACUAGGCUCCAGGUUAUUGAUAGUUUGUCAUUGUUUCCGUAGUUUAUGAUAUUACAACUACAGUUUGGACUUGAAUUUAUAUUUUAUUCGUUUUAAACUUGUCUUUCCCAGAAAUUCCUCUACCUAUCUCGGCCUGAUGCGCAAGGAAAACACAAGGGUUGAUGCUGCUCUGAACGAGGAAACUAUGUUCUCAAAGAAGAAUGAAUUAGAACCUAAAAAUGAACCUUGCUUGACCCACAAGUCCAACACUUCAGAAGCGAGUGAAAACUCUGAAACACACGAACCUGAUAAAGAUACCUCGGUGGAUAAGAAAAUUGGGAUGGAAGACGAGUUGGUGCUGAAGAAACUGUCCCGAGUUGCGGUCUCGUCGAAACCUGGUGGAGCUUGGGCAGCAGGUCCACCUAGCAGCAUGUUGCAUGACACAAACUUGGAGAGAAGCGAGGCUCCUUCACAACAUAAAAGUCCUCAAGUGGAAACCAAAGAAGUUACCAUAGAGUCUGCCGACCGUAGUAGAGAAAGUCAGUUUUCUGAAAAAACCAAACAGGAAACUGGAAAGUCAAAAGAACAAAGCCAUUUGAAAGGAAGUUCAAAGUCUUCUCCAGUCUCGUCAACUUCGAAGCAAACUACGCCACGGUCCUUUAACUCUGUAGGAAGGGAAACAGUGACGAAUGGCAACAUAGGGCAUUCGAAAAGUGACGCGCUGAGUAGCUCAUGGCCUGUUUUGGGAACGAUGGGACAGCCUUUAUCUGUCGUGAGUCCAGGAGCCGGACCAUAUGCUACUGUUUUGAAUAGUCAAAAACCUGGAGAAGGAGAUGAUUCCAACGUUCGUGAAUGGAAAAAGCAGAAAGAUGUGAAUCUAGGCUCUGAAGUGGGCAGUGAAUCAUCGAAAUAUUCUCCUUUUCUAACUAAUUGCUACCACUCUGUGCAAUAUCCUUUUUAUUCCUAUCCAUCACCUUAUAUGCCUAUGCAGAAUAUGUUUUUCCCACCUUGGUUGUUAUAUCCAUAUGCUCCUCCCGUGGCAUUUCCAAGACCUCGGAAUAUAAGUGGUGCUUACGCAUCGAAUGCUCAUUUACAUGACGGAGAUCAACAGAAAGAGUCCAAUAAUAUGGUUAACAGCAAGGUACCUUUCAGUGUUCAACAUACACAUGGAGGAAACCUGUCUCAUGGAGAGUCCACUUCAGACUCACAGAAUGCACAGAAACAAGAUGGAAUGGAAGCACAAAAGGACUUGAAAGUUACCAAGAAAGACAACCUUCAACCUUAUGGUGGAGCGGAAAAGAGUCCAAAGGGUAGUUCUUCAACAAAUGGAAAGAACACAUUUUCUCCUCUAGUAGCAUCACCUCCUCCGUUUGGAAGUUUUCCUGGUUCUUUUGAGAAGAGUCAGUCGAUGGCGGCAUUUUAUUCUCCAUGGCCUAUGAUGACACCUCCAUUCUUUUGGUUUCCAGAUCCAAGAAUGAUUGAUCCAUAUCAAACAGUCACAGAAACAGCAUUGUACUUACAUCAGAGAAUUAGACCCACUAAAGACGAAUCUAUUCGGAAAGCAUCCUUAUUCCGUCAUUUGUACAAAUUGUGCCAAAAUGAGUGGAAACAUUGUGAUUUGUGGAUGUUUGGUUCUUCUAUUAAUAGUUUUGGUUUGAGAAGUGGCGACUUGGAUAUGUGUCUAACCGUUCCUUCAGAAGAUGCCAUUCAUCGAGUAACUGGAGAGAGGCUUGAAGAAAGACAUAUAGUGAAUAGACUGGGUGUAAUUCUGAGACAAGCCAAAAUGGAAAAUGUGGAAUGUCGAUUUAGGGCAAGAGUCCCUAUUGUCAAGUUUCAUGAUCCGUUAACUAGACUCUCCGUAGAUGUUUGCAUCAAUAACAAACUUGCGAGACAUAAUUCAGCACUUCUGAGAACCUAUGCAUCUUUGGACCCUCGGGUUCAGGUCUUGGGCCUUUUAAUUAAGUAUUGGGCAAAAUGUCGCGGUAUUAAUCAGCCAUUUACUGGCACUUUAAGUUCCUAUGCCUAUAUUCUGUUACUAAUUCAGUUCCUUCAAUUACGAAACAAGCCCCUUCUUCCAUGUUUACAACAAUCAAUUGGUGGUCAGGCUUGCACAGUCAGCGAUAGUAUUCCUAAGGUAUUUGUGGAUAAUUGCAACGUUUAUUUCGAUACUUGUAUAACUGGGUAUACCUCCUUGUUGAGUAGUCUGAAUUCGGAGUCAGUUGGAUUGUUACUGACUGAGUUUUUUGGAUUUUACGCGUAUUCAUUCGAUUAUUCAAAAGAUGUAGUGAGCAUUCGUUCUGGUCGUUUGUUGACUAGAGAAGAGAAAGACUGGUUUGUUCCUCCACUAGAUGCACGUAUUGAGGAAAGUGAUGAGGAGGACGAACAUGUCAGUUUGGAUAAUCACAACGCUACAACAUCACCAUUGGACUCUCAUGCGGACAUUUUUCCUCAUGAUAUGGCUUUUGUUCACAGAGAGCCACAUGAUAAGGUUGGACAAAAGGCAAUUUCGGAUGAAGAAGGUAUCAAACAUACAAAUUCUUCCGUUCUGUCACCUAAAAUGCCAGUAAUGAAUAUUUGGAGAAUGCCGAAGAAGCAUAAACGUUUUAAAGAACUGCAUGUCUUUUGUAUUGAAGAUCCAUUUGACACUUCACAUGAUAUUGGGCGUGUCGUAGAUGAAGAUAGUUUGGAAGUACUGCGUGAGGAGUUUAUUCGUGCUUAUGAAGUCAUACGUACCACUGGGAACUUUUUAGAGGUGUGUCGUCCGUAUGAACCUGAAGUGACAUCAUGAAUGAGCGUCUUCUUGGUUGGUAUAUGGGAAAUACUAACUUGAAACAUUAAAACGAAAUGGCCAUUA